CCAGUUCCCAGAGUGCUCCGCCUGUUGGAGAUCUGGAUUCCCGAGUUUCCGCUGCGAGUACAAUCCGGGAUUGACACAUCAUCAGGUCCAGAAUGUGAGCGGCGCAGCCCAGUGCAGGGAGGGAUCCCGGUCAGACACUGAUCCGCUUUCAAUUACACAGGGAAGGACAAGCCUGGAGCGAAAUAUCGCAGAAAGCCUGGACCAGAUAUAUGUCUCCAACUGGCUAAUUCCUGACUAAGCUCCAGACCACAGACGCAAAAUAAAAGCUACUCCCUGAGAGCAGGAAGCUGUGUUCUAACGACGAGAGACAGAAGCAGAGAGAUGGGAGACGCACUGAAACACGUUGACUCUGAUGUGACUUUGAGCUUCAUGAGGAGGUUGUGGCGCUCACUGGAGGCUAUCGCUGCCUGAGGGUUUAUUUUUACAGUCUGUAUUAAACUGGAGAACUGUGUGCUUCUCUGUGCAGACAGCUGCUUUCCAUCAGAGAUGCCUUAAAAGGACACCCGUGGCUGGGAGGUGGAGGGACAGACCUCGCUUUGUCAAAUGGCUUCCGUGGAAUUGGUUUACCUGGGCGAAGGCAACAGCCAACCGUGUGCAUGGAAAGAACUGGAGUGGGGAUUGCACGCGUCGUUCCCGUGCCUCUCCGGUUCAGCACCAGGGACAGCUCCAUACGAGUGCUACAGCUACAAACACGGGCAGCAGCACCACCCGGCCGGCAAGGACAUCAAGGUGUGCUGCUGCGACCAGCAACUUGAAACAUCUUUCACUUAUGUGGACGAAAAUGUCAACUUGCAACGUGCAAGUCCGACUCUGUCCGACAAAAGCUACCCCAUGCAGUCCUACCACGGCUCUUCCAGCGACAUCAGAGCUAUCCCCGACGGUUUGCAGGAACUCUCGACAGAGUCUGAUGAUGACAGCUCGUCCGAGAGCUCGGACACAUCCGUGGACUAUGGCUUUAUCAGCGCCCUGCUCUUCCUGUUCAGUGGGAUCACGCUGGUCAUCAUAUCCUACGUGAUCCCCCGCGACGUGACUGUGAAUCCAGACAGUGUUUCAGCCCGGGAGAUGGAGAACCUUCAAAAGGAGAGCGCCCGGAUCGGGGCUCACCUGGACCGGUGUGUCAUCGCGGGACUUGGCCUUUUGACCCUGGGGGGAAUCCUCCUCUCCACUUUGUUAAUGAUAUCAAUUUGCAAAGGUGAACUAUAUCAAAGGCAGAGGUUCGCAGCUGUGGGAAGAUCGGGAAAACUCUAUGGGUCUUUUAGCUUUCGCCUGAAAUCUCCAGGUCCCAACAGUUCCAUCCAGCGGUUUCCAAUGGAUGGAGAGGACACUAUGACCAUUGAUUAAUGGCGCUGUACGUUGUAAACUUGAAAAGUGUUUACCUUGUUCAUCACACAGGUUAAUGUUCUCAAAUUGUCCAGCGUGAAAUAGUCCACAGCAUCCCAUUCCCCGCAACGUCUCAUGCAACACUGACCGAGCAAAACGUCUGUCAACAAUUUCACCACAUACAUUUCUAAACUUGGUAAGAUUCACAAUCCAACAAUCCACCCCGGCCUCCUGUCACUUUAUGCAUUCGGAUCUGUUUGUAGGUUCACAGAAAUAACAGAAAGCCAUCAAAUCUUUCCAGCCUGUUCCGUGAUUGAAGGCAAUCACCUGUACCUCAAGUCCAUUCCCGCCUCUGACCUCACUCCCCUAAAAAUCCACUAUAUUUGCAUAAACUCCAGUUGAUUGCCAGCAGCCGCAGGUUUUGGUGGGAGAACAUUCAGAUUCCCUCUGCUUUUAGCCUAAGGAACUGGUUCCUGAUUUUAAUUCCUGGCUGUAAUUUUAAAGUCUUACCCCAUUUUCUCGCGAUCCCCAGCAAAAAACAUACUGUCUCUGUAUCUAUUCUCGCUACAAAUCCUUUCUGAAUUGAACUGCAAUUUGGCCAACCCUCAAACUUCCUAAUUUAUGCAAAAGCAAAACGGUUAUUUCUUCUUGAUACUAUUUAGAGGUUUUGUUUGUGACUUAUCAAAAAUGUUUAAUUCAUCAAGUGCAUUUAACUCUGGUACAAAAAGGAAAUGCUAAAAUCACUCAACAAGUCCGGCAGCAUCUGUGAAGAGAGUGGGUGAGUUAAUGGUUCACUAUUGAUCUCUAUACUACCCAUCCAGCCCCCAACACAAACUUUGGUGCCUUGGUCUAACCCAAAUGAUAUCCAGCAACUCUCCAACAUUUUAUGAACUCUGGAUAUAUAAAAAAAUUAAAAGCCACUCGAUGUAGUGACAUUAAGCUAUUUAUUGGAUAGCUCGUUCAAAGAGCCAGCAUGGAUAUGGUGGGUCAAAUGGUCACUUUCUGCUCUGUAGGAUUCUAUGAUUCAUUUUACAGACUGCAAAGUCCUGGUUUCUCAAGGAUGACUUGUGCACCACUGAUUUGAGCUAUUCACACCAUAAGUGUCUGCAGUACCUCUGGUGCAAGAGCAACAGAUUAAUUCAUUCAGUCUAGUCCACCGAAAAUAUAACCUUUAUUAACAGGGAUCUUGAAUACAUUUGAUUAUGUUUUCUAAACACAUUUUACACUACAUCACUCCAGAAAAGCCAUUGCUACUUGAUCAGGAUUGCACCAUUAGUAUGCUGUUUUGUUCUGAAUUCGUGCUUAUAGAUCGCUGUCCUUUGUUAGGACAAAUAUACAAAUUAAUGUUAUCUGAAACUUGCAGUAUGUACAUUUGUUUUUAGAGAUAAAACAAACUGUUCUUAAAAUGUACACCAAUGACUAUGCUGUACCUUCUCCAUUGUCUUUACCUAAUCAAAUGUCAAAUAUCGCAUUUGUGGAUUGAAUUCAUUCAAACAGCACAAUGACAGAAAGAUGACAUUUGCAGCAAGAAAAAUCUGUCAAAUCUUUAUUAUGUCACCCCAUUCUAGUCAUGCAUUCUCCAAGCAGUUUUGAUUUUCUUAUGGCCUCUUGGGUGACACAUUAGCUAUAACCAGCAACAAUAAUGUGAGGGCUUUGAGGACAUUGGGUGAGUUUUGCAUUACUUCUUUAAUAGAGCAACUUGCAUCUCAACAUUUGGAAUUCUAAAAGAAGAGUGACACAAUAAUAUUUAAAAACAAAAUUUUAUGCAAAAUCUAAAAAAAAUUCACAAUAUUUUUGUUAUUUUAAUAAAACUUGUUUCCUGACUCUCCUCCAUUUCCUGUUUUACCUCCACAUUUCCUUGUCCUUUUGUUUCUUACCCAUGACUUCCAGCUAGUAUUCUAAGAGUUGAUCAUUUUGCAGAUACCUCAGCUCCAAGCUCAGCCUCCCAAAUUUGACAGGACCUGCUCAUUUUCAAUUCACAUCUGCUUUUCUGCCUCAGUUCUAUGCCUGCUCCACCAGAGAAGCUGCAACUGGACACUUGUCCAGCACCCCCUGCGUGGAAUUCAUAUAUUUCUUAAGAAAACUGUUUGAGGAAUGAAACAGAUUUAAACUUGUUUGUGAUUUCUACUCUUUGUGUCCUGUACCAUGGCAGUGCAUUGGCAGAUUAAUUACACAGAGUCUUUCUAAUUACACUGAAACUGCAACUUGUGCCAGCUAUGAAAAAUUAUUAACUCCACCAAUUACAUUGUAUAAGUAUUAAUUGUAUAUUGACUUAUUUAGUGUAAGUAUUUAAUGCCUUAUUCAAAUGUAUCAUGUUUAUUCUACUGAUAUGUUCAAUAGUUUAACAAAAACAACAAUUGGUUUAAAAUAAAGUGCUCUUUCAAUGGUAUUCAAAUUGCUUGCAAAAUAUAAGUGUCUUAAUUUCAAUAGCCUUAAAUUCAAAACAAUGCUGCCUUACUCCAUAGUCAAUAGACAAUAAUUAGAUUUCAUUUGGAGUUCUAUAUUUAAUUCCCCUGCACUACAAUCAGGCCAGUAUUUUCCCACUUAAAUCCUUCAGGCAAAAUUAUUAAUAAUAUAGGACUUGCUUUUUUGACCUCAGAAUAUCUCAAGCAUUUUACAACCAAGGAAACAUAUUUAAACUGCAAUUAGUUUAUUAUGCACACAGUAAGAUCCCACAAACAACAAUAUUAUAAUUCCCCUGUUCUUCUUCCAAUAUUAGCAUAUCUUCCUAUGAGACAGCAGAUCUGGCCUUGGCCUAAUGCUUCUUCUAAAGGCAACAUCACAGAAUUGAACUGGGAGUAAAUGAUAUGCUCAAGUUUCUGGAGUGAGGCUUGAACCCAUGACUUUCUGAUUCAGAGGCCAAACUGUUAACAACUGAACAUAGCUAUUAUAUUCAUUUAUCUGCCAAUGACUAGA